CCGCGGAGCCGGCGCCGACCAGAGCUGCUGGAGGCGGAGGGCGGGAGGGUCGGGGCCGGAGCAGGAGCGGGCGGCGCGGCCCUGCCGCUCUGACCGAAGUCCACAGAGGAGCGCGUGUGCCCACGAGGACCCUUUGCCCCAGCUGUGUGGCCCCAGCCAGAUGUGGGGGGAGGCUGCUCAGAGGCAUGCCCCCCGCCCGGCCGCACUGCCCUCACCUCCUCCUCCUGCUGCUGGCCUGCCAGCCACAGGCCUCUUCUGCCCAGGUGAUGGACUUCCUGUUUGAGAAGUGGAAGCUCUAUGGUGACCAAUGUCUCUACAACCUGAGCCUGCUGCCCCCGCCCACCGAGCUGGUCUGCAACAGAACCUUCGACAAGUACUCCUGUUGGCCCGACACCCCUCCCAACACCACGGCCAACAUCUCCUGCCCCUGGUACCUGCCCUGGCACCACAAAGUGCAGCACCGCCUCGUCUUCAAGAAGUGCGGGCCCGAUGGGCAGUGGGUACGCGGGCCCCGGGGGCAGUCGUGGAGAAACGCCUCCCAGUGCCAGCUGGACGAUCAGGAGAUUGAAGUCCAGAAGGAAGUGGCCAAGAUGUACAGCAGCUUCCAGGUGAUGUACACGGUGGGGUACUCCCUCUCGCUGGGCGCCCUGCUCCUGGCCCUGGUGGUCCUGCUGGGCCUCAGCAAGCUGCGCUGCACCCGGAACUACAUCCACGCCAACCUGUUCGCCUCGUUCGUGCUCAAGGCGGGCUCCGUGCUGGUCAUCGACGCGCUGCUCAAGACCCGCUACAGCCAGAAGAUCGGCGACGACCUCAGCGUGAGCGUCUGGCUCAGCGACGGGGCGGUGGCCGGCUGCCGGGUGGCCGCGGUGUUCAUGCAGUACGGCGUGGUGGCCAACUACUGCUGGCUGCUGGUGGAGGGCGUGUACCUGCACAGCCUGCUGGGCCGCGCCACCUUCCCCGAGCGGAGCUUCUUCCCCCUGUACCUGGCCCUCGGCUGGGGUGCCCCCGUGCUCUUUGUCGUCCCCUGGGCUGUGGUCAAGUGUCUGUUUGAGAACAUUCAGUGCUGGACCAGCAACGACAACAUGGGGUUCUGGUGGAUCCUGCGCCUGCCGGUCUUCCUGGCGAUCCUGAUCAACUUCUUCAUCUUCAUCCGCGUCCUCCUCAUCCUCAUGGCCAAGCUGCGGGCCCGCCAGAUGCGCUACAGCGACUACAAGUUCCGGCUGGCCAAGUCCACGCUGACCCUCAUCCCCCUGCUGGGGGUCCACGAGGUGGUGUUCGCCUUCGUGACGGAUGAGCAUGCCCAGGGGACGCUGCGCUCCGCCAAGCUCUUCUUCGACCUCUUCCUCAGCUCCUUCCAGGGCCUGCUGGUGGCCGUGCUGUACUGCUUCCUCAAUAAGGAGGUGCAGUCGGAGCUGCUGCGGCGCUGGCAGCGCUGGCGCGUGGGCAAGUGGCUGCGGGAGGAGCGCCCCCCCAGCAGGCACCCCGACCCGGGCCGGCCCGCAGGCCGUGCUCCCAGCGAGAAGCUGCUGCUUUCCGGGGGCCGCGACCGGGCGGCCCGGGACCCCUCUGCAGACACCGGCCUGGUGGGCAGCCCCCCUGGGGUGGCCGCCAGCCCCUUCGAGAGCCCCCAGGAGCCCCCCGGGGCCCCGGUCGGGGCUGGACUCAGGUGCUGAGAGUGGGCCCCGCGGGACAAGCCCGAACCCAGUGCCGGCCUGGCGCUGGCCUCCCUUCUGCCCCCUCUGGGGGGGCUGGCGCGGGUGGAGGCGGCUCGGGAGGCCCAGGACGCGGUCUCCUCCGACAAUAAAGCGUCUGCGGAGCGGCUGCCUGGCACACCGCGGGGAGCUGAGGCGCCGGAGGGGCGGCGGGCCGGGCAGGGCCCGGGAAGGGGCCUGCUCCCUCCGGAGUCCCCCUUUGGGGUUAGGGGAGCUGGAACCUCAGAGCGGGCCCCAACACCCUCUCGGUCAGAGCCCCCGACCCCCCGAGAGCCAGCACCUGCCAGCACGGGGACGAGCGGGGUGGCUGGCAGCGAGGGGGCCGCCCUCAGACGGCUCCCCAGGCCGCAGGCCGCCGCCCACACGGCAGAGGAGGAAGCCCUGGGCCCAGGGCAGUGGCAGCAGCUCCCCAGACCCCACCUUCCCCCGGGGGGGCCCCCCCCCGGCUCGGCUCAGCACAAAGCGGAGCGUCCCUGCCGUCCGUCCAGGGGACAGCGCCGCUGAGGCAGGAGCAGGUGUGGGCCGUGGUCCCCCGCCAGGGUGCCGGAGCCGGUGCUGGGACGGGGCGGCGGGAGGAAGAGCCAGCGCCGAGGGCAGGCCGCCUGCCGGCCAAGUGUCCCCUCCAAGGGGCCGGGGGGAGGGACCACUGAGCCCCGGGGGUGCGGGCGCUGCGCCGCCCGGGCUGGAGCUGCUCGGCUGAGCCAGGCUAAUUGGAGAAAAUGAGAGGACAGAAGGCCUCUCAGGAAAGGUAAAUAAAAUUAGUCACCCCGGCCCUCCUGAGGGACCUUCACCCCGCGCCGCCCACGCCACUGCAGGCCG